AUGCUACCGCAAGACGGGACCGGAAUGGGUCUGGCGAUGCAGAGCAGAGCCGUGGACACGAGGGUACCCCUGGAGGUGAAAGAGGGAGAGCCCAAGGGGACUCUGGUAGGAUCCAUCCCGGUCAAGUUCGGCUUUACGUACAGGUUCAACGAGCCCCCUCAGGAGUUCACCUUGGACCCGGAGACCGGAGAGAUCAGGACCGCCAAGGUGCUGGACAGAGAGGCGCUGACCAGCGACCGAUACGACCUGGUUAUCCUGUCCAGUCAGCCGACCUACCCGAUAGAGGUGCGGAUCCUGGUGUUGGACAUAAACGACAACGACCCCGAGUUCCCGGAGGCUAGCAUCGCCGUGAGUUUCUCGGAGUCCGCCGCAGCCGGGACCAGACUCCUCCUGGACGCUGCGACCGACAAGGAUACCCCGGAGAACGGCGUGGUCGACGACUACUUCAUCGUCGAGGGGAACACGGACGGGAAGUUCCGGCUGGUGGUGACCGGCAACCCCACAGGGGAGACCUCCUACCUGCACCUGGAGACCACCGGGAAGCUGGACCGCGAACAGGUGGAGUUCUACUCCCUGAACGUCUGCGCCAGGGACAGAGGACGCCCCCCGAGGUUGGGGUACCUGCGGGUCAACGUCACCGUCCUGGAUGUGAACGACAACCCGCCGGUGUUCCAGCAGAGCGAUUACGUGGUGGCGUUGAACGAGAGCGCCCCGGCUGGCACGAGGGUCCUGACGGUCCACGCAACGGACAAGGACCUGGAGGACAACUCGAAGCUGACGUACUACCUGCCGGACACGGAGAGGCAGUUCACGAUCGACCCUGAGACCGGGACCGUGGUAACGGCGGAGCCAUUGGACUGUCCCCAGCAGACGUGCACGAUCGCCCGACCUGGUGGUAGCUGCCCGAAAAGCUGCGUGAUAACGGUCUUCGCCCGGGACCACGGAUCUCCCAGGCAGGACGGGCGAACCUAUGUAACGGUAAACCUGUUGGACGCCAACGACCACGAUCCCGAGAUCAAGUUCAGCUAUUUCCCGGCAACCACGGGAUUCGCGACCGUCGACGAGAACGCGGUCAACGACUCCAUCGUGGCGGCGGUCGCGGUAAUCGACAACGACGAGGGCCUCAACGGGGAGACCAGCGUCGAGAUCAGGGCUGGGAACGAGCUGGGCCACUUCCGACUGGACAACACCCAGAGCUUCGACAUCGUUCGCGUAAACGGACGCCUGGAUCGGGAGGAGAUACCCAAGUACAAUCUCACCGUGGUGGCUACCGACCGGGGAACGCCGCCGAGGUCGGCCACCGCGUAUCUGGUCAUCCACGUGAACGACGUCAACGACCACGAACCGGUAUUCCAGCAGAGCGAGUAUUCGGCGGUCCUCUCGGAGCUAUCCCCGGCGGGUAGCUUCGUGGCAAGCAUCUCGGCGACCGACGCCGAUUCCGGGCUCAAUGCCAGGAUAUACUACGACUUCGACGCCGGCAACGAGCAGGGCUGGUUCGCGAUAGACCAGGACACGGGGCUGGUUACUACAAAGGCCACCCUGGACAGAGAGAUCCAGGGGAGCGUCGAACUACGCGUCUCCGCCAGGGAUGGAGGCCCUAAUCCUAAGUAUGCCUCCACCCAUCUCAGGGUCACCGUCUUGGAUGAGAACGACGAGGCUCCUAGGUUCUCCCAACGGAUCGUGGAGGUAACCCUCUCGGAGAAUACUCCACCACCGAGCUUGGUGGCCACCCUGACCGCAGUGGAUAACGACCAGGGCACCAACGGAAGCGUGGCCUACAGCUUGCAUCCCAGUGUGUCGCAGAACUACCCGAAGACGUUUGCUCUGGAUGCGUUGACCGGUCAUCUGACGACGAUGAUAAACUUGGAUAGGGAGACGGUGGCCGAGUACAGGAUCCUGGUGGUGGCCAGGGAUCAAGGGACCCCGCCACAGUCGUCCACCGCCACCGUCAUCCUCCAUCUGGAGGACGUCAACGACAACGCCCCGGUUUUCUAUCCGAGGAGGUAUCUGUUCCCCGUAGCCGAGGACGCCUCGCCAGGAACGACCGUAGGCAGGGUCACGGCGACCGAUAUCGACGCCAGGGAAAACGCCCAGAUCAGGUACACCAUCGAAUCCGGCAGUGAUGGGCUCUUCGUCGUGGACGAUCGCACCGGGGAGAUCAUCCUGCAAGGUUUCCUGAGGUCCGCACACAAGACUCUGUACGAGCUGACGAUUUCGGCCAGGGAUACCGGGGACAAGAGGGCGACUAAGGACGCCUUUGUGGAGAUCCUGAGGAAGGAAGACCUGGAGGAGGUGAAAUUCGAAACGUACAGUGGGUACGAGUUCCGCAUCACCGAGGACCGUGGGGAAUGUGGCGAAGCGAUGUCUGGAGUGGGUCGGGAAGUGGGAUCCGUCAGGGUCACGCGUUAUGGGAACGCGAAGAUGAGCUACUCCAUAGUCUAUGGGGAUCCUAAAGGGAACUUCAAAAUAGACGAGAGCUCGGGGGUGAUCAGUACCGCGGGAUGUCUGGAUAGGGAACUGGUGGCCUAUUAUAGUUUGAAGGUGGCUGCACGUGCUGGCCUGGCUCAUGGCCAGACCUCGGUGAAUAUCACCGUCCUGGACAUCAACGACAACCCUCCCAAGUUCCCAAAAGGCGAGAGAGGCGACGAGGUCCUGCUGAAGGAGAACGCUGCAGUUGGGCAGGAGGUGUGUCUGGCGAGAGCCAGGGACAGAGAUGCUGGAGCGAACGCAAGGAUAACAUACUCCCUCAACCACAAUCCUGGAGGGCAGUUCCGGGUGGCGCCGAACUCGGGGAUCAUCUAUCUGGACAAACCCUUGCGAGCGCCCCCAGGAACGGUCCUGCACCUAGAAGUCACAGCUACAGAUUCCGGGAACCAACCGCUCUCAGCCCAACAUCAAGUCAGAGUGACAGUGGAAGACGUGAACGAUCACACCCCGGUGUUCGAGUUGACCAGCUACGAGACAUCCUUGCCGGAAUCGACGCCGGUGAACGACAGAUUUUUCGCGCUGGUCGCCUCCGAUGCGGACACCGGGGUGAACGGCAGGAUCCUCUACACUGUCUCCGAAGGAAAUUCCGAAGGCCGCUUUGGGAUCUUCCCGGAUGGCCAGCUCUUCGUCAAGAGUCCUCUCGACAGAGAGGAACGGGACUACUACGCCUUGGAGGUGACGGCGAGGGAUCAGGGCGACCCCAGCAGGAGUUCCGUGGUCCCUGUGGUCGUCCACGUAAUCGACGAGAACGACAACGCCCCACAGUUCACCAACUCCAGUUUCACCUUCCACGUGCGCGAGAACGAGCCUCCGGACACCUUUGUGGGGAAACUGCUGGCCACCGACAGGGACGUUGGACGUAACGCCGAGCUGACGUUUUCCCUCUCGUCCACUCAGCAGGACUUCGCGGUGGAUCCCAGGAACGGCUUCAUCAAGUCCCUCCACGUUUUCGACAGGGAACAGCUCGUUGCCAACACCGGCAGCAGCUUCGUAACCCUGGAGGCCACUGUCACCGACAACGGAGUGAACCGCCUGCGGGAUAAGGUGAAGGUGACCAUCUACGUCACCGACGUUAACGACAACACGCCGCAGUUCCAGAGGGUACCAUACAGGGUCCAAGUCAGCGAAGGCGCCGCGAUAGGAACCCAGCUCUUGAGAGUCUACACAACCGACGCCGACGAGGGUCUCAAUGGCGACGUCUUCUACUCCCUGGAAGUCGGGAAUCAGUACGGUCGAUUCGUCAUAGACGAAGCUACCGGGCAGAUAUCGUUAGCCAGGGAACUGGACAGGGAAACCACCGACAACUACGCCUUGACGGUGGUGGCCCACGAUGCCGGACUAGAGGUGCGUCUCAUGUCCAGGGCCAUUGUGGCCGUUGAGGUGCUCGACGAAAACGACAACGUCCCCAAAUUCGUAGACGGCAAGCCCAGGAUCUCCGUCCUGGAAACGACGGCGACGAACACGGAGCUGGUCAGGUUCAAGGCUACCGAUGCCGACCUGGGUGCCAAUGGCGAGCUCACCUUCGCCAUCGCCGCCGGGAACAGGAGAGACGCUUUCCACAUAGAUCCUCUGACAGGGGCCCUAUACCUUAGGAAACCCCUGGACUACGAGGAACUGGAAACGUACACGUUGAACGUCUCCUGCACGGACGGUGGCCACCCUCGCCUGAGCUCUGUGACCACCCUGACGGUAGACGUGGUGGAUACGAACGACAACCCACCUGCGUUCCCCAACACCGCGAUAGUCCGUCAGAUUCGAGAAGGCAUCCCGGUGCACACUCCCAUCGUGACCGUCACUGCGGAGGACCCGGACUCUGGGGAAAACGGACUCGUCAGCUAUGCGAUAGCCAGCCAGGAUCCCGAAGACCAACGCCGGCACUUUGGAAUAAACCCAUCGACAGGCGUGAUCCACACCCUGCUGCCCAUAGACCGGGAAGAGGUGGACACCUUCAAGCUGGUCGUCGUGGCCACCGACAGGGCGCAGCCUCCUUCUGCGAGGCUCUCCGCGGAGAAGCUGGUGACAGUCAUUGUGGAAGACGUCAACGACAACGCCCCCGUCUUCGUCAGCAUGUCUGCGGCAGUUCUACCACCAAAGGGGAGCCCCACUUACCGGGCAGGAAAGGAAGUCCCCGUGGCCCAGUUACUAGCCAGGGACCUGGACUCCAGCACCAACGGCCUGGUGACUUACGAGCUGAUGGGCUCCGGGGACAAUUACUCGGACAUGUUCCGCGUCCAGAGGAGCACGGGCCUCCUGACCAUGAGGUUCCCCAGGUCCAUGAGCAAUUUUGAACGCUCCUCUCGGUUCCAAAUCGGGGUUCGCGCCACCGAUGAGGCCGUCCAGGCCGAGAGGAGGUCCUCCGAGACGUACCUAACCCUUAUCGUACCCGGGGAAGAGGACGAUAGACCCAUCUGGGAACAUCGGGGCCAGCUCGAGGGCAGCGUCUACGAGAACGAAGCUGCUGGUGCCAGCAUCCUUCGAGUGAGUGCGCGAAGUCGUCGGUCGAACACCGACGUCGAGUACUACGUGACGAAUGUAACUGCUGCGAGUGGUGGGCCCCAGGUGGACAGGCUUUUCGAUGUCGACCCCAAGGGUGGCGUGCUCUCUACAGCGGCUGCUCUCGAUAGGGAGGCUGGAGUGUCCUGGUACGAGGUGGAGAUUUACGCCAUUUGCGUGGGAUCCGGCAAACCCUGCACCACUUCCACCAAGGUGCGUGUGACAGUUCUGGACAAAAACGACGUGGCUCCCAGUUGGGGCGAAGGACCAUGGAAAUUCGAGAUCUCCGAAGAAGCUCCUCCAGGAACGCUGAUCGCGGCCCUGAAGGCUCAGGACCCGGACACGAUCGGAACCUUAAGGUACACCCUGGUGGCGGAUCCAAAAGCGGACAACGAGUCCAACGAGGUCAAGAGUCAAUUCAUUCUCGACUCGGACUCUGGUCAACUGAGACUGGCCGAAGCUCUCGACAGAGAGGCGAAAGAGAAAUACGUCGUCAAAGUGAGAGCCGACGACGGAGUGCAGCACACGGACAUCUCCUUGACCAUCCAGGUGACGGACACGAACGACAACGCGCCGACGUUCCAGGUGACGGCGUACUCCUUCGACGUGCCGGAAAACGUUCCGAGAGGAAGCCGCGUCGGCCAGGUCGUCGCGACCGACGCCGACGCUCCGGGCCCGAAUAGCCAACUGGGGUACGUCCUUAUCUCCGACUGGGCCAACGACGUCUUCUCCUUGAACCCUGCUAGUGGAGUUUUCACCCUCACCGCCAGCCUCGACUAUGAACAGGUCCAGCACUACAUCCUCGUGGUCCAGGCUACCGAUGGAGGGAUUCCAGCCCUAUCGUCCACCGUGACCGUUUACUGCAACGUGGUGGACCUUAAUGACAAUGCACCGAUUUUCGAGGCAGGACCACACGCCACGGAGGUCCCAGAAAACGCGACGGUAGGUUCUUCCGUCCUUUCGGUGACCGCCCAGGAUUUGGAUUCCGGAGACAACGGGAGAGUCGUCUACGCCAUCGCCAGCGGCGACGAGAACCAGGACUUCGGGGUCGCCCCCAAUGGCACCGUCUUCACCAGGAAACCGCUGGACAGGGAAUCCAAGCCCAUCUACAAUCUGAUACUGAGUGCCACCGACAGUCCGCAGCCUCCGGGUCGACCUCUGUCCUCCACCGUUCAGGUUACGGUGACGCUGCUCGAUGUCAACGACGUCGCCCCGGAAUUCAUCUCGCCGAAUCAAACCUCUGUGGCGGAAAACACGUCGCCCAAUACGGUGGUGAUGGUCGUCAAGGCGAUAGACCGCGACGAGGGCCGGAACGGAUACGUCGAGUAUUCUUUGGAAGACACCACGCUUCCGUUUACCUUGGGCGGCGUGGACGGUCUACUUCGGGUUUCCGGUCCCUUGGAUCGGGAGCACAGACCUAAUUACACCCUGACCGUCACUGCCAAAGACAGGGGAGAGCCUGCCAAGUCAUCCUUUACCACCGUCACCGUCGUCGUUCUGGAUGAGAACGACAACUCGCCAGUCUUUGACCCCAGACAGUACUCCGCUACGGUAGCGGAGAACGCCAGCAUCGGAGCGAGUGUUCUCCAGGUUUCGGCCACGGAUCGGGACGAAGGCGCCAACGGCAGAGUUCGGUACAGUAUCUCUGCCGGCGACGACAAUCGAGAUUUCACUAUCUCGGAAGAUGGCGGCGUCAUCAGGGUAGCGAAAAAUUUGAACUUCGAGCGAAAGUCCAGGUAUCGUCUCACGGUUCGUGGAGAAGAUUGCGCACCCGAGGUUGGAGAAGUAUCUCGCGACGACACGGCAGAAGUGACGAUUUCUGUCCUCGACAUCAACGACAAUGCGCCGGUUUUUCUCGACUCGCCGUACCUUGCACACGUGAUGGAAAAUAUGGUGCCACCUGGAGGGGGAUUCGUAAUACAGGUGAAAGCAUACGACGCCGACACACCACCUUACAACGACCAAGUCAGAUAUUUCCUGAAAGAAGGAGAUACCGAUCUCUUUCGAAUAAACGCGAGCACCGGGGAUGUGUUUCUCCUGAGAUCGCUGGACAGAGAAUCCGUGCCCGAGUACACUCUGACGUUGGUGGCGAUGGAUACCGGCUCCCCACCCCUAACAGGAUCCGGCAUCGUCAGAGUCGUGGUCCUUGACGUCAAUGAUCACAGUCCAGAAUUCGCGAGGCAGGAGUACAAAGCUACGGUCACUGAGAAUCUCUCAGCAGGAGCGUGGGUUGCCAAGCCCUUGGCCACCGAUAAGGACGAAGGACUCAACGCGAAGAUUCGGUACAGCCUACUAGGAGAUAAGGCCGAGAGAUUUUCGGUCGACCCAGACACCGGUGAAGUGAUCACUUUGGAACCAUUGGACCGAGAACAGACUUCCGUUUAUCAUCUGACCUUGAUAGCUCAGGACUCCAGUCCGACAGAGCCACGUGCUUCUGCCAUUAACUUGACGAUUUCCGUCAGAGAUCUGAACGACAACGCGCCUAGAUUUUCCAGCCCUAGGUACACGGCGUACGUGCCGGAUGCCACCAAGCCAGGUGACUUUGUGUUUGGAGCGAAAGCCGUUGACGACGAUGACGGGGAAAACUCUCGCAUCGUUUAUAGACUCCAGGGGGAAGAUGCUAAAAAGUUUGUCAUCGAUCCACACAGUGGAGUGAUAAGGGCUACUCAGGAAUUAGCUACCGGCGCGGUUACGACUUAUCAGCUGCAAAUCCUGGCAUCCGAUUGCGGGGUCGAGCCGCAGUCCGUCACCGCCGAUUUAGUCAUUCAUCUCUGGGAACGACAACUCUUUCCCAACUUCCGGUCCACCGUGAACACGAGGUUCACGCUUCCUGAAGACGUGCCCGAAGGAAGAGUCAUCACGACCCUGAGUGCCUCUACCCCGAAAGAAGGAGCUGCUGGAAAUCUGGUCUUCGGCAUGGCCGGUGGAAACGUGGGAGACGCUCUUAGGAUCGACUCUCACACUGGCCAGGUGCUCGUAGCUUCUGGGUUCGAUUUCGAAACGGCACCACAUUACGAGGCUUGGGUCGAGGUUCGCGAUUCGGAUACACCUGCUCUUAGAAGUGUCGUUCAGCUGCUCGUUAACGUGACGGAUGCAAAUGACAAUGCACCCGUGAUGGAAGCACCGCUUUACAAUGCAACGGUACCGGAGAACGAAUAUCCACCGCAAUUUGUCGCAAGAGUAUCCGCCAAGGACGCUGACUCUGGGGAAAAUGGCCAAGUUACUUAUCACCUGGUCGACGACUUUGCCGAAACGUUCGUCAUCGACGAGAACUCUGGAGAGAUCAACACGAACGCAAAAUUAGAUAGAGAGGAGAUUGCCAGCUACGAAUUGAUAGUGGAGGCCCGAGACCAAGGGGAACCGCGACUCUCUGGCACCACCACAGUCUUGAUCACCGUUCAGGAUAAAAACGACAACCCUCCCAAAUUCACUCGACUGUUCAGCGUAAACGUCACCGAGAAUGCAGAAAUUGGAUCAUUCGUAAUCCGAUUGACCAGCAGUGACCUGGAUGUCGGUCAAAAUGCCAACGUGACGUACACUCUCGCAGAAAAUCCAGGAGGAAAGUUCUCGAUCGACCCCCUCAGUGGAAACGUCACGGUCAAAGGACACCUAGAUAGAGAAGAACAAGAUGAAUAUCUCCUGAAGGUCGUUAUAACGGACGGCGCCUGGGGAGCGCAGACUCCAUUGACCAUAACCAUCCAGGACCAAAACGACAACGCCCCAGAAUUCGACGAGGAGUCUUAUCAUUUCCACUUCCCAGAGCUGCAACGACGAGCUGCCCAUGUUGGUCAAGUCACGGCAACCGAUCGUGACAAACAGGGUCCGAAUUCGGUGAUAUCCUACAGCCUUCUGCAACCAUCCGAUCUCUUCACCGUUGACCCUGCCACGGGGGACAUCUUCAGCAAAAGGACCUUGAGAUACAAGCACACCCACCGGCCGUCUUCCCCGGAAAAUCUGUACUCCUUAACAGUGGUUGCCACCGAUAACGGAAAGCCACCCAUGUCGUCGAAGACUGUCGUCUACGUCAGCGUGGUGGACGCCAACAAUAACGCUCCAAGAUUUGAGCAGCGUUCGUAUUUGUCGCCUGUACCCGAAGGGUACUCCGUUGGGAAAAAAGUCGUCAUGUUGGUCGCAAAAGACGAUGCAGAUUUCGGCGUGAAUGCAGAAAUCGAGUACUCCUUUGUGAGCGGUAAUGGUAGCGAAUAUUUCUCUGUAAACGAGCGAACCGGUUGGGUACAUGUCCAUAAGAGCCUCGCCGGUCUCCGAGCUGGGACCACGUUUGUUCUGACGGCUCGUGCCAUGGAUAAAGGGGUUCCACCACAGAAGGACGAGGUCCCCCUGACCCUGGUGAUAACAGGAGAGAAUCGCCACGCUCCGACCUUUACCGCUCUGAGUUAUCAAGUGAUAGUGCCAGAAAACGAGCCGGUAAAUUCGACUAUUGUUAUAGUCUCCGCUGCCGAUGGGGACGAUGGACCAAACGGUCUCGUGCGGUACAAGAUUUCCGCCGGGAACGAGCGGAAAGAAUUUUCGGUACAUCCAGUCACAGGAGCCGUCAUCAUCCUGGAACCUCUAGAUUAUGAUACCGUCAAGCAGUACCGAUUGAACAUCACGGCGACAGAUUUAGGCUUCGAGCCGCGACAAACCACCGCCACUUUGACCGUCAUCUUGACCGACAUCAACGACAACCCACCUAUCUUCAACCAGAGCCUCUACGAAGCUUUUCUUCCGGAAAAUUCACCGCCUCAUAGUUUCGUCUAUAAAGUGGUAGCCACGGAUAUCGAUUCGCCUAAAUAUGCGAUCGUUCAGUACAGGAUCCUGGGUGGUACCGGUAAGGACCACUUCCAAAUCCAGCAGAGCUCCGGCGUCAUCUCGUCCAAGAUGAGCUUCGACUAUGAAGAGGCAAACGAGUACACUUUGGACAUCGUUGCCGCAAAUCCAGAGUCCAAUCCCCAAAUGGUUGGCUUUACCACCGUCUCGGUGCACAUAACCGGCGUCAACGAGUUCUAUCCAAAAUUCAUCCAACCCGUUUUCCACAUGGACGUGUCCGAGAGUGCCGAAGUAGGAACUUCCGUUGGGUUGGUCCAGGCAACCGACCAAGAUGCUGGAGCCGAUGGAAGAGUCUACUAUCUCUUCGUAGGUUCUUCGAACGACCGUGGUUUCGGCAUCGGUCCUGAAACAGGCAUCAUUAGUGUCUCCAGAAGGCUGGAUCGAGAAACGCAGAACAGAGUCGUCCUCACCGUCAUGGCGAAAAACGCUGGUGGAAUCCGCGGCAACGAUACCGACGAAGCUCAGGUCAUCAUCUCGAUCCAGGAUGGAAACGAUCCUCCGGAAUUCCUGCAGAACACCUACGACGCUAAUGUAUCCGAAGGUGCCCCUCAUGGUACUCGUAUCUUAACGGUCAGAGCUGUCGACAAGGAUGUUCGUCCACAGAACAAUCAGUUCUCGUAUUCCAUUAUUGGAGGCAACAUAGGCCAAGCUUUCAAGGUAGACCCACAAACUGGAGAAGUUGAAACUGCUAAACAACUGGACCGCGAAACCGUGCCGACGUACGAAUUAAUUGUUGGUGCCAUCGACACCGGAUCACCGCCGCAAACGGGAACCGCGACUGUUCACAUUGAACUCUUAGAUGUUAACGAUAAUGGUCCAGUUUUCGACCCACCUGAAGUAACUGGAUAUGUCAGCGAAAAUGAGCCAGCUGGGACCAGCAUCAUGACGCUGAGUGCAACCGAUCCUGAUCUUCCACCGAAUGGCGCUCCAUUUUCCUACAGAAUCAUCGGUGGUCGUCACAAAGACGCUGUGGUUCUUGAUAAACACUCAGGAUUGCUGAGGACCACCAGAAGUUUAGACAGGGAAACCAUGCCACAGCUGGAUCUUAUAGUCGAAGUAGAAGACUCCGGGGUGCCAAGGAUGAAGAGCGAACAUACGGUGACCGUGAUAGUGCUGGACCAGAAUGACAGUCCUUCGACUCCAAGAUCCGUUCACAUAAUGGUCCACUCGUUUAACGGGCGUACUCCGUUGGGAAAAAUCGCGGACAUCCGGCCAAACGAUCCCGACACUGCUGGAGACUAUACAUGCAAAAUACUCCAGGGCUCGAAUUCUGGGGUACUCAAUAUUCCGGCCGCUUGCGAUUUGCAUACCAGCAAAAUUACACCAGAGCUCGGCUAUUCUCUGAGUGUUUCCGGCAAUGACGGCAUACACCCUAAUGUGGUAUCCAAAGUGACCGUGGAGUUCUUGACCUUCUCCAACGCCACAGUGGAGAAUAGCGUGACUCUACAGAUAUCCAGACUAGGAGCUGGUCAAUUCCUAGGGCAGCAUUAUCGAGCUCUCUUGGACCUCCUGCAGGCUGAAAUCAAUGUCGGCGAUUCUCUGUUAAUUUACAGCAUCGGCGAAAACAACGAGAACCUGGAGAUCCCACUAGCCAUUGAAUCACCCCAAGGAUUUUUCUCCAAGACCGAAGUAACGGACCUACUCCUACGGAAGAAGGAAGAGAUGCAGACUCUGUUGCAAGGUGCUGACAUCACCAUCGGUUAUUCACCGUGCAAACACAUGGCAUGUGAGAAUGGAGGAAUUUGCAGCGAUCAGUUGGUUGUUUAUGAAGAUGCCAGAAUCACGGACAGCCAGACAUUAAUCCUGACCUCGCCAAGAGUGGUACACGAAAUGGUUUGCAAGUGCCAUGAUGGAUUCACCGGCGAUAGAUGCGAAAGAAGACAAGAUCCCUGCUCUCCAAAUCCUUGUCUGCUCGGAGGUCAAUGUCGACGCCUGGGAUACGACUUCCACUGCACAUGUCCCGCCGAUCGAGAAGGAAAACUAUGCGAAUUGGAAAGAGGUGAUGCCUGCGCCAGCAAUCCUUGCAGAAACGGAGGCUCCUGUCGCGAAAGUCCAGAUGGAUUCAGCUUCUUUUGCCUUUGUCGUGCUGGAUAUAGAGGGAAUCAUUGCGAGGCCGUUACGAACUCUUGCAGACCCAAUCCUUGUCUGCACGGCGGACUAUGUGUUGGUCAGCAACCAGGGUACAGGUGUAGCUGUCCAGAAGGCAGAUACGGGAGACAUUGCGAACGCUCCACAUUCGGCUUCGAAGAAUUGUCGUACAUGUCUUUCCCAUCGCUGGACUCGAAUACAAACGACAUUACGGUCGUUUUCGCCACGACGAAACCGAACGCCCUUUUGCUGUACAAUUAUGGACCCCAAAGUGGAGGACGCUCCGAUUUUGUUGUCUUGGAGCUGGUCAACGGUAGGGUUGUCUUUUCCUACGGAGGCGCAAGAAGUGCAAUCACGUCGAUUACCAUCAAAACUGGACGACAUUUGGCUGAUGGAGAAUGGCGUAAAGUAACGGCCACUAGAAAUGGACGCGUGGUCUCGUUGAGCGUGUCCAACUGCAGGGAACAUGGUGACGUCUGCGAUGAAUGUAGACCUGGAGAUGGAUCUUGUUAUGCCGAUGACGUUGGACCUACUGGGACCCUGAAUUUCAACAAUAAUCCUCUGAUGCUCGGUGGUUUGGCUAAUGCCGACCCGAUCUUGGAACGACCCGGACAAGUUCAUUCGGAUGAUCUAGUGGGCUGCAUUCACUCGGUCUCGAUAAAUGGAAGGGCCCUUAAUUUAACUAAUCCUCUGGCAUCUCGUGGGGUGAAACCAACCUGUGCCAGGUCGGAAAGAAGCCCAUGUGCCAGGAGCAACGACGACUUCUCGGUUUGUGGCAAUGCAGGGAAAUGUUACGACAAGUGGCACCAAGUGGUUUGUCAAUGUGGCAAGCUUACCGCACCCAAUUGUCAAGGAGCUCUGGAGCCCAUCACCCUGAGUGACGGAGGAUACAUUGAGUUCAAAGUCUCGGACAAGCAUCGAAGAAUGCAGUUACUCGAGUACCUCUACAGCGGAUCCACUUUGUGGCACAAACACCGGGCUACUCGAGAAACCAUCGAGGAAAAGACCCUUCUAACCUUGAAUCCAGAUCCGCCGAAGACGAUUGGAUUAAUGUUCCGGACCGUUCGACUGGACGGUGUCUUGGUCUAUGCUGCGACCAACAAACAUUUCACUUCUGUCGAGCUUCGUGAUGGGCAGUUGACGUACACAUCCCUACUAGGAUCACCAGUAAAUAUGACAGCUACCAUCGAUGGAGGACUGGCCGAUGGUCGAUGGCACAAUUUGACCCUCCAUGCAUACUCCCGAGGACUUCGGCUGUUCAUCGAUGGUGUCCUAGCUGGCGACGAAUUGGACUCUGCAGGUGUACACGAUUUCUUGGAUCCGUACUUGACGACACUAUUCAUCGGUGGAGUUAGACAAGACCUCUACUACUCCCACGACGCAAAUCCGAAGAACUUUGAAGGCUGCUUGGCAAAUUUCACGAUCAACAACGAGGUCCAACCAUUCAAUGGAUCUGGAUCGGUGUUUCGAGACGUAGUUUACCAUGGAAAAGUGGGUUUGGGAUGUAGAGGGCCCACAGGCAUCAGUGCAGCAGCUGCACCCGAUCCACUAAGCAUCGGAAUAACUUUGGUGAUAGUGUUCUUCGUCACCCUCCUGGUAGCGAUCCUGGUCAGCUUCGUCGUGUUUCGAUUAAGGCGACAAAGCAAAGAGAAGUCGGGACCUUCGGGCGUGAACAAAGGACCAAACGCCAUAAUGAGUGGCAAUUCUUUGGUUGGCUCCGGAAAUGAGAACAUCAUGUCCCGCCACGAAAACACUUACAUUUCCGACACAUCCGACCUCCGAGGUGUGGGGCACAUGGGGCCCGAGUUGAUCUCUAAAAAAUACAAGGAACGAGAGAUCAACACCACAGAACAUAGGCCACAACGACCGGAUAUUAUCGAGCGAGAAGUGACAAAAUCACCGCCGAUCAGAGACGAGCACCCACCGCUACCUCCACCAGCUCCCAGUUCCCUGCAUACGCACGAACAUAAUCCCGAACCUGAUAUGCCAGAGCACUACGACCUGGAGAACGCCAGUUCUAUCGCACCCAGUGACAUCGACAUUGUCUAUCAUUACAAAGGGUACCGAGAUGGUAUGAGAAAAUACAAGGCUACUCCUCCUCCGAUUGGGAAUUAUUCGAAUCAUCACAAACAUGCUGGACAACAACACAGACAUGCUGGACCAUUUCCCCCUCGGGCCAUGCCACCACCAACCGUUGGACAGACUCCAGGGUCAGCUCCUAAAUUACUACAAAGUACUCCUCUAGCUAGACUAUCUCCCAGCAGCGAGUUGUCGGCUCAGCAGCCUAGAAUUUUAACACUACACGACAUCAGUGGAAAACCACUCCAAAGUGCUCUGCUUGCGACGACAUCCUCGUCAGGAGGAGUGGGCAAAGAUGCACUGAAUUCCAACAGCGAAAGGAGUCUCAACUCUCCCAUCAUGAGCCAAUUGUCUGGCUCCACUGCGAGUCGCAAGGCUCCACAGUCAAAUAAUGAAAAUGUUAAUAAUGUACCCUCGGGCCCCAUGGGUCUUACUGCUGAAGAGAUAGAGAGAUUGAACUCAAGGCCCAGAACGUCCAGCUUGGUCUCCACUUUGGAUGCCGUCAGCUCCUCCAGCGAAGCCAGGGGACCUCCAACACAUGGACCUCUACAUCUCCAUAGAAGGCACACUCCUCCACCUGAAAGACUCGAAAGGAGGAACUCCUCCACCACUGACGAGAGUGGAAACGACAGCUUCACCUGUUCUGAAAUCGAGUACGACAACAACUCCCUCGUUGGGGAUAAGAGGUCGGACAAUCUCUUCAGCAAGCCUGACGACGAAGAGGUCGCCUCUAGAACCAACGAGUCCUCCCAGUCAACAAAACCUCCUCUACCUCCCAAUGUCAAUUAUGAUGGAUUCGACAGCUCAUUCAGAGGUUCCUUGAGCACUCUGGUUGCUUCGGAUGAUGAUCUUUCCACACAUAUGGGUGGUCUUUACAGGGCCACCAAUAAUGGGUCGCCUUCAACAAACACUGCCCUGAGUUGGGAUUAUCUUCUUAAUUGGGGCCCGAAUUUCGAGAGUCUAGUCGGAGUCUUUAUCGAUAUCGCCGAACUACCCGAUAGUGCCAGCAGAGUGCCCAGCACUCUUAGACUGCCUGCUAGCAUUCCUAAACCUUCCGAAGAGUACGUCUAAUCGAGCCUCGAGAGCCCAACCUAAUCAGUCUCUCGAGAAUUGGUGUCGAUUUUCCUUUUUUGAUAAUUUUUGCAAGACACCUGGUUUAAUGUCCAUGCAAUCUUCCGAAAUAUCCAGACGAUUGUCAAGAAUUGUCCGCUUUUAUGGAAUAUCCUCCAGUCACUGAGCCAUGCCUGUACUACACCGAGAAAGAUUAGUUGACUGAAACAAAUAUACAUUGUUGCUCAAGUCAUAUAAUUGCCAACAAUUAUUUUGUUAAGAAAAAUUGAUGUUGAUUUAAACUAAUUUUAUUUACUCAAUGACAUUUCUUUGGACGUACCUGAUGGACUUUUUGUUGUCCAAGUACAUAUUUCUUUGUGUCAACUAAUCUUAUUUCUCAGUGUGUGCAAUCGUUUAGGAGAGAACUGGGAAUCUGCCGAUUCAGCUCGGUUCCCGAAAUUAACCGUAAUGUUCAGCUGGGCUUGCGUUACGUCGAGGUACUAAAUCUCUUGCCAUAAAUCGUUCCCUGGAAUGGAAUUCCCUCGUAAAUGGUCCACGAGGUUGCCAACACUAGUGCUAGGUAGUGCCUAAAUACUGGUCUUUAACGAUAGUGCGGCAUCUUGUAUCAGGGUGUCUGUGAAUUUGUACAGUUUUUAGUAGAAGAAAGUAGUUGAGUUAGGAGAGGCGUUGUAAGGAACUUAUUCGCAAUUGUGGCGAAACAACGAGGACUUCCUUCAGGUGCACAUCGAGAGUAACACUCAUGCGGUGCUUUGAGAUCGGUGCAAUUCAUUCUCGAGGCGUUUCAUAAUAUUUUCUAUUUUCUCUUUCAAAGAACCUGAACUCGAAUAAUUUGAGAUGUUAUCAGCAAUCUUUCGACGCAAGUAUAACGCACGUCUGCAAUUUGUUGAACGCCUUUUAUACAUGUAAUAUACUUAACAUCGGCGUAAUUGGUAUAAGAGAAAGAAACGUAUUGAUCACUACGAGUCGUCUAGAGACUUUGAAUCAUUCUCAAUUUAGUUUUAACUUGGCGCAACUGACUGUUAAUAGCUUCCUUGUGUCAGAGAGUCUUUAUAUGAAUAGAUGACUAUUUUGCCGAAGAAUACUCACCGGUGAGCAUUUUUAAAACUCGCAACAAAACCGAGAGGUUUGCCAUCCUAGCUGUAACGACAUUCUCACAAGAAAUGCGAUCGUUCACGCUGUUAGACUGAUUUUAUACUCUGUAAUAUAGCCACGAAAUCGAGUCGGGUCAUCUUCUAACAUUGUAAAUUAUGAGACUUGUUUGUAAAUAUUGUAUGUGACAAAUAGUACGACGAUUUGUAUAAAGAGGGAUACCUGCGAAUGAAUGUCACAAAUGUAUGUUGUAUCUAUGCUAUUUACUAUACGUGAA